CCGUAACGCCCAGCGUGGCAUCUGUGUUCUAUUGCCCCGCCUUGACGGGCACCCAAUGAUUCAUUAACACGGUCGUGUGCUCAAGGUUGGCUGGGGGUCGUGUGCUCGAGCUUGGCUGCCCCGUAAAGCCCCAAUGAUACACACAUGACACUGCCAUCCAAAUAGGAGGGACGCUGAAAGGCCUGAGUGAUAGCAGAUUUGUGUAAUGCGUGCUGCAUGAUCAGCUUUAUUUGUAAUCCAUGAGUUGGUUUGGUAAGACGCCCACCCCGAAAGAGCAAAUGCGUCAAAAUGACCGUGCAUUGAAAAAGACAGAACGGGAAUUGGAUAGAGACAGAAGAAAGGUGGAGGUUGAAGAAAAAAAGCUGGAAGCUGAGAUCCGCAAGAACGCCAAGGAGGGCAACAAGCAGGCAUGCGCCGUGCUUGCCAAGCGGCUGGUUUUGCUACGGAAGCAGAAGACUAGGAGCUACGCGGCCAGCACCCAGGUACGAGCCGCGUCGACGCAGCAGAAGACGAUGGCGGCCAACGCCAAGGUGGCCGGCGUCAUGGCCACCACCAGCCGGACCAUGGGCCAGAUGAACCGGGCCAUCAAUCCACAGCAGCUGGCCCGCACCAUGCAGCAGUUCGAGCGGGAGAGCGCCAAGAUGGGGAUGUCCGAGGAGAUGGUGGACGACGUGCUGGACGACCUGCUGAACGAGUCCGAUGGCGAGGAGAGCGAGGCCGUGGUCAGCCAGGUGCUGGACGAGCUUGAUAUCGAGUUCUCCAACAAGGUUCGCGAGGCCCCGGCGGCAGAGCGGGGAGCCCUCGGCUCCACGUCAUCCGCGCUCACAGACCAGCAGCUGGCCGACAGGCUGGCCAGGCUGGAUGCAUUGUAGUAUCCCGCACCUCUGAGCGGCGGCGGCCGUCGCUGGCGAUGGGAUGAGUGGCGCCGCCUGGCUGGUAGCGCCCCCCCCACAAGCGUCUCCCGAGCGGCGGCGGCCGUCGCUGGCGAUAGGAGAGUGGCGCCGCCUGGCCGGGAGCGCCCCCCACAAGCGUCUCCCGAGCGGCGGCGGCCGUCGCUGGCGAUAGAAGAGUGGCGCCGCCUGGGCGGGAGCGCCCCCCACAAGCGUCUCUCCUCACAGAAGUGGUCAAGUGUGCGGCACCUCGCCUCAUCUUGGUGCAUCUUACCCCCACUCACAUGGUGGCCACUUUGCUGUUGCGCCGCAAUGGUAGUCUGUGCUGGUGCCAAGAGCUUUUAUGUCGAUCCUUGAGGCGUUCACCGAUUUCACCGUGCUGCACUGCUUGGCGGGUAUGCGGUGAUCCGUGGUCGGUGAUCCCUGCGCGUUGAAGAUGCUCGCAGGUUUCUGUGGUGGCCAUUUACUUGCAUCGCCUGCCCACGGUGAACGCCGGCUUGUGAUAUCGCCACCUGUCACACUGACUAAUUUCGUGAGGUGAGGAACGAAAUGAUAGCCUCAUAUAGAUGUGUAGCCUGAUUUGCAUAAUUAGUGUGCGGCGGUAUUGCACUCAAUUGCAUGCGAAGAGCAUGACAUGAGUAAACGGGGUAACUUGUGCGAAGGGCUUUUCAGCGCGACAAAAGCGUAGGGAAUAGUAUGUGACACUAUGGACACAUUUCGAGCACUGCAUUGGAUACGAUAGAGCACAAGGAACUUUGUAUGCUGUGUGGUUACGAUCUUUGUCGGCCAUGCUUUCGUCGUUGAACACCGAAGGAUUUUAGAUCGUGUGAAUUAGUCGUGUAGUGACGGACAAACGCUGUUGUAUUUGCAAAGCCCGAUCCCGGGUAUUUCUAGUUAACAGUGACAAACAGCCAAAAUUGACUGCACAAUUAUAUGCCUAUCAAUCCAUGCUACCGCACUCAUGAGAAGCCGUUCAGAGAAUAGUCAUCCAACGCUAACCAGAUUGGGUUAGCAGAAGAGAUGUUUAAGUAUUGCUUAAGCUAAGAAAACAUGUGGCUCACCAACAGAUCCUUGACCCCUGCCCGCGGUCAUGUCUCAUGCCACCAUGGUCUCGUGUGAAUACCUCACUUCUUUCGGCUCAGGGCGCUGUAAUGCUUUAGCUCUUCAAGGGCUGCCAUAAUUUACAACCGCUGCAGUUAACUCGUUUCGCACAUGGCCCGUGCUUCAGACAAGGUUGUCCCCAAAUGUCACAGAGCACGAGGCGACCAUGGGCCGAAGAAAAGAAAUUAAGAAAGAUCAAGAUAUUAACUGAGCAGUUUGAGCCAGGCGGAAGUCAUACGAAUCAAGAAUCAGAAGGAAGUCGCGCGAAUCAGGAGGAAGUCAUACGAAUCAGUGGGAAGUCGUACGAAUCGGGAGAAAGCCAUACGAGUUAGGAGGAAGUCAUGGAAAUCAGGAAGAGGUUAUGGGAAUCAGGAAAGAUACCGAAAAAAUGGGAAAAGUGUCGCAGCAUGUGCUGCAUUGCAUGUACGCGACUGUACCAUCAACUGAACGGUUUCAGCGGGCUUAAUUCCUCCAUAGAAAAAUUGUUGCAUUCAUUUUACGGGAGCAAACCGGACAGAGUACCGUGAAAUGGCUAGGGGGGAGGAUCAAGUUGAAAAAGUGGUUAAGCACUUCCUGAAGAUGCACAAAACCUGUUUCUCACACAUUUGAUCGUCCUUUCCUCAAAGCACGUGGCUGAGGCCCUCAAUUGAAUGGGAAAUUACGUCUCCGGAAUGCGGCCUUAAAUGCUGGGACACAGUAUCAGAAACGGUGUCCGCAAUAGGGCUUCAGGAUUCCAUGACAAGGGCGAUGCCGACAAACGCCACAGCUUCUGAUAUUGAGUCGGGGUGUCUAAAAAUCACAGAUGACGUGCACGUUACACUUGAAGGACGGAGCUCAAAGCUCAAACCACCACACUCGUCGAUGAUGUCAAGUCAUGUCAUGUCAUUGGGGCUUUACGACGCACUUAGCUGCUGAGGCUAUAUGGCGUCGCCUGCCUCUCACCUUGGCAGGAAGGGCGGGCACCACGGGGAAUCGAACCCCGUAUCUCUGGUUUCCCAGACGCGCAUUGGUUAGCGCAGAUGCAUUAACCACUACACUACCGGCACCCCGUUGAUGAUGCCAAGUCGUUGCAACAAAAUGCACGGGCCUGCCACCAGCAGGCGAGGCGGUGUUACGAUUUGGUACUUUGGUACUAGGGCACCAUUUGGCACUUGGUACUCCACCAGUUGGAUGUGGUAGAACACCACAUCUCGCCGGUAGGACGCUCUUGCCGUCGUGCCGCCGCGUAGAAGCCACCCUUGCGUGAUUUGUCUAUGGCAGCCAGUUGGCAAUUGACCAAGGUAGGUCCGGCUAGCACGGGGGUGUGGGGUAUAUCGCAUGGCAUCUUAAAAGAUUUCGACAAAAGCAUCUGUUGAAUCGGAAUUGCACUGUUAGGGGUUGUGUUUAGUCGAGUCCUUGCUAAUCGGAUCCUACAGAACAUGCUAUUCUUAAGACAUGAUUGCUCCUUGCAAAGCGUUUGGUUGCUUUUUUUGUAAGACAAUCGUAUUGACAAAUCACGCGCGGUACCCGACAUUGCAUGCAAGGCCUUUUUAAACAGUAUGGUGAAACUAAAAAAAAAGACAUUGGGGACUUCAGGAGUAAGCUGGAGCUUUUCAAGGUCAUUUCGUCAUGCGUUAUUAUAGCCGCGAAAUAUGCACUUAAAUGCGACACUUAUCAGACAGGUGAAAUGCACGUUUAGAAGCAGUCGCAAGAAUGCUCUGGAAUGGAUCCAUAACACUAGUCAUCACUACACGAAACCUGAAGGCUCAUGCGGAUCAUCAUACGCAGGGAGCUUUUCAUUUUCAUUACAUUUUAGCUAGGUGUAGUUCGGAUAUCGUUUUUUGAACAUGAUUUGAAUAAAUGUGAGAUGGAUUUAA